AUGUCCUCUCGUCCAUCGUACGGAUAUACGGCCUGCUGCGGAUAUCGUACAAACGCGCACUUCUCUACCCGCGUCUUGUCUUCGCCAUACGAUACGUGCGCUGACGCUUACCACCCCUUCGGCUACGUCCUCGCGCUGCUGCUGGAGGCCUGCCUUCGCUACCAAGCCGGGACGCCGCACCCGGACGUCGUCCACCUGAGCGCGCACUUCCUCCGCGGCACGUCCCUUGCGCCCUUCACCGUGCGUGUGCGCACACUGCGCACCGGGAAAACGUUCGCGAACGUCCUCGCCGACUUUGUCCAAGGGGAACACACCAACGUAACAUGCCAUCUCAUCUUCGGCGUCCUCUCUCCUUCGACGGGCAGCGACGCCAGCCUCUCUUUCACCCCACCAUCACCCUACGCCCCCCGCUGCCCGCUCGCCACCCAUCCCUCAAAAUGCCCCACCAACCUUGUCCCACGCGGACACUGGACCUUCCGCUCCCGCCUCGCCGCCGGCGACGACCCCUCCAUCCUCGCACGCAACUCACCAGACACCCGUGCACGCAUCGCCUCCUCCUCCGACUCGACGAGCAGCGGCGGCCUCGAAUCCGGCGUCUGGCUCGAGCUCCUUCCCGACAACGCCUCACCGUCCGACACCGGCAACGCAGGGAGCAGCAGCAGCAGCAAAAAUCCCGAAACGCCGCUAACGCUCACCACUCCCGCGCUCGCCUUCUUCGCCGACGCGUUCCUCCCCUCCCCUCUGCUCCUCUCCAAAUCCGAGCUCAAAGGCCUGAAACCCGGAUGGUUCCCCACCGUGACCAUGUCCGUCGACUUCCUUCACCCCAUCCCUCCCCCUCAAACCCCCACGCACGCCUCCCGCACCGUCGGCAUCUACGCCCGCACCCGCUUCUUCACCCGGCCCCAAAGCCGGCACGAGACCUACUGCGAAGUCUGGUCCGCGCCCUCCAACGUCACCUCCGCCUCGGAUCGAUCGGAACAAGCAGACGACGACGGGAGAUGGCGGGACGAGCAGGUCUGCCUGGCGGUGUCGACGCAGAUGAGCCUCAUGGUCGCGCGGAACUCGAAAGAGGGAUUCGGGCAGCAGAAGCAAAAGGACAAGCCCAAGCUGUAG